AUGUCCACCAACUCAGCAGCCUGGCUCCCCUCCUCCAAAACCAACCCCUUCUCAAUCCAACCCGCACCCUACACCCCCCCAGGCCCCAACGAACUCCACAUCCGCAACGCCGCAGUCGCCAUAAACCCCAUCGACUGGCACCUCCAAACAAAAGCCAACUUCCCCCUCACCUACCCCACAAUCCUCGGCCACGAUGUCGCCGGCACAGUCGCCGAAGUUGGCUCUUCCGUCACGAACUUCAAACCCGGUGAUCGAGUUCUCGCGCACGCAAUGAGCAUGGCGACGCAACGGCCGCAGGACGGCGCGUUUCAAUUGUACACGACUGUGUUGGAGAAUGUGGCGGCUAAGAUCCCCGAGAGUCUGGCGUUUGAAGAAGCGGUGGUGUUGCCGUUGGGGGUGUCGACUGCUGCGGCGGGGUUGUUUCAGAAGGAUUAUUUGGCGUUGGGGUUGCCCAGUGUUGAGUCGGUUGCGACGGGGAAGACGGUGUUGGUUUGGGGUGGUGCGUCGAGUGUGGGGGUUAAUGCGAUUCAGCUGGCUGUUGCGGCUGGGUAUGAGGUUGUUACGACGGCGUCGCCGAGGAAUUUUGAUCUUAUGAGAUCGUUAGGUGCGAGUGCGGUGUUUGAUUAUCGCAGUGAGACGGUUGUGGAGGAUAUCAUUUCUGCGCUGCAGGGGAAGGAACUUGCGGGUGUAUACGAUACCAUCCACACAGGCGGUGCGUUGCAGAAUUGCCUGGCUGUGUUGGAUAAACUGCAAACGCGCGUGGUCGUUGUGACGGUGUGGCCUGUAUCUGAGGAGUUGGGAACAGAUGUGGAAGUCAAGUCUGUUUAUGCGAUCAGUAUCAAGGAUAAUGAGGUUGGCCGUGCGGUUUACAAUGAUUACUUGCCGCAGGCGCUGGCGGAGGGCAAGUUUGUUGCUGCUCCUGCGCCGCGGGUCGUUGGGAAGGGACUCGAGGCUAUUCAGACGGGAAUUGAUGAAUGGGGGAAGGGUGUGUCGGCGGAGAAGAUAGUUGUUAGUUUGUAG